AUGGGUCCAAAAGCACCAACCACUCCAACUAAAAAAGCAGCAGCCACCAAAUCAAAACCAAAACCAAAUCAUCCAACUUAUCAAGUUAUGAUUAGUACAGCAAUUGCACAUUAUAAGGAUAGAACUGGUUCAUCUCAACCAGCCAUUAUUAAAUACAUUGAAGCCAAUUACAAUGUUGCACCAGAUACUUUCAAAACUCAAUUAAAACUUGCACUCAAACGUUUAGUUGCCAAAGGUACUCUUACAAUGGUCAAAGCCAGUUACAAAUUAUCAGAAGAAGGUAAAAAGGAACACCAAGCCACUCUUGGUCCAGUUGCAAAGAAACCAAAAGCCAAGACUACCGCUACUUCAACUGAAACAACUGCCGCUCCACCAGCUACUCCAACCAAAAAAGCUGCACCAAAGAAACCAGCUGCUAAAGCUGCUUCAACCUCAACCAAAACUGCCGCUGCUAAAAAGAACUCUGCUAAAGUAACCAAAGCAGUUAGUAAGAAGCCAGCUGCUAAAAAAGCUCCAAGUAAGAAAGUCGCUGCCAAAAAAUAG